AUGGAUAAACAUAUAUCAGAUAUGUUAUAUGCCUAUAAUCACAAUAAUGUUAACAUAUCAUUUGAAGAUGAUAAAACAAAGAAAUCAACUAAAAAUAUCAUAAACCCUUAUAAAUUUAAUGAACCAAUACAAAUAAAUAAAGACAUUAAUUUUUGUAAUAAUAAAACAGAGAUCGACCAAAAGUGUUAUAUAAAUCAAAAAGAUACAAAUAAAAGUAAAAAUGUAUUUACAACAAAUCAAAUUUCUACAAAACUGUUAACUAGUUUAGAGGAUACUUUGCAUAAUUCGAUUAACAAAAAUGCAAAGAAAAAUAGCAAAUUUUGCACACCAAAAAAAGAAAGUUUAGAAAUUGAAAUGAAAAGUGAUAAAAAUGUUAACAUUCUUACAGAGGAAUUAAAAAAACAAACUAUAGCAUCCCUUCAAAAUUCCAACAUUGUCAAUAUAGAAACACGACUAUUAAGAAGACAUACAACUUGUGAAAAUAAAAAAAAGGAGAUGUUUUUAGAACAAAAUUACAAAAACGAAAACUCAUCAUUUACAACAAAUUUAGAUAAUAAUUUUACUGUAAUUUAUGACAAUUUUGUUGGUGAACAACCAAAAGGGGAUAGUGAAUAUGUUACUAAAUUAUAUAUGUUCAAUAAGUUAAAAAAUAAUGAUACCAAAGUUGUGGGUGGUAAAAAAGAAAAAUUCGUAUAUAUAGGCAAAAAGGGGUUAUUUAAAGAUGUGUGCAAAUCUUUUGUGGACCCCAAAUUAGAAAGUUGCUAUGAAAAUAGCAAUCACUCGAGUAAAGAAGAUGAUCAGGAAAGUUAUAUACGUGAUGGAAAUAAAAGAGAAAUACAGAGCACGAUAUUAAAUUGCUCAAACCCCAUUUUGAAUAAAAGUAACAUAAAUAUGGAUACCAAAUCUGAUUAUAUCCUAUCUAAUAUUAUCCACAUUAGUAAUAGCACAUAUAUUGGAAACCAAGCAAUUAUGGUUGGAAAAAAAAACAAAAUAAAAGAAACCACUAAACAGAGGGAAGUUAUAACAAAACCCAAUUUUCUUAAUUCCAGUGAUUUUGUUUCAUUACAAAGUAGUAGUGAUUAUUCAAAUAAUUUUUGUGAAAAGAAAAACAGUUGUUAUAAUAUUGCCGAUUCCAACGAAAAAAGUGGAAAAAAAAAAAAUAUAAAAAAUUGUGAUAAUUUUGAAAGUUUUGGAAAUAUAAAAAAAGUGACAAAAUUUAAGGGAAAUUCCCCAAAUUUAUAUUCACUGAAAAAAAGAGUUUUUAAGGCUCUUAAAAAAAAUAAAAAUUACAUGAAAAAAAUAAAUAACAGUAAUUGCGAAAAUAAUAGUAGCAAUAUAUUGGAGGGCGAAGAAAAUGAUUUGGAAACGAAGCAAUAUGUAAACGUUAUGAACCCGGCAAGUUUUCCAAUUGUAGAAAAAAAGGAAAAAAUUGUCCCCAUCAGCAUAGAAAAAAAUUAUACCAAUAAUCGAUGUAACACAAAUUGCGUAAAAUGCAGUAUUUUAAGUUUGAGUAAUAAAAAAAAUAAUUGUUUUAACAAUUUUUUCCACGAAAGUAAUAAUAAUUUCUGCGGUAAUGAAAAUAUUGAGGGAAAUGGGAAUUAUAAAAAAAUUGUAAAAAAAAAAAAUAAAAUAAAUAAUCCGCAGAAUAGUAUAAAAAAUGACACUUUAAUUAAUGGCAAAAAUUAUAGUAUUGAUAAAAAAAAAAAAAAAAAUAUAGAUGAUUUUUUUCAGAGUACACAUUUUUUAUUAUCUAACGGUGCUGAAAAAACAAAUUUAUCGAGCUCAGACAUUAUUGAAAAAAAAAAAUUAUACAAUAAUUUAAAUAUGAUAAAAAAUAAAUAUUCAAUUUAUUCAGAUAAUAUAAAAGUAAAAAAUUCAGCUACAUAUAAUGUAACUAAUAAAGACGAGGAAAUGCUAAAGGGGAUGAAAAAGAAAGAAGAAUGUGGAAAUGAAAUUUCAUCGAAUAUGCCAAAAGAAAAAGAAAAAAGCGUUGGAAAAAUGGAAAGAAAUUGUAGUGAUUUUAUAAAACGGGAAAAUGAAUCACCCAAUUAUGUCUUCAACAAAAAGACCAAUUACUUUUACAAGGAUAGAAAAACAAAUGAAAUGAAAAAUGGUGAAGAAAAAAUAAAUAAUAUAAAAAAUGUGUGUGUCCAAAAUGGUUGUAAAAAAAAUAAUGUUAUGCAUGAUAUUUUGUCAAAUAAUCAAAUGAUUAUAAAAGAUAUAGAAGAAAUAAAAAAGAAUAAAUUAUUCUUUGAAGAAAUCUGUGUGUUUAGAAUGAAUGAAUAUACAGAUGAAUCUGAACAAAGUGAUAUAUAUAACUAUAGUGAUAUAAGAAGUGAAUUUUUUCAAAGUGAAGAUGAAUAUGAUAAAGAAAUUAAAAGAAAACCCAUAAACUUAUUUGAAUUAAAUUCAUAUAAUGAUGUAGAUAUAUCAAAAUUAGAAUUAAAUAAAAAUUGUUAUGAACAUUUAAAUGAUGAAGUUACAAAAUUAAUAAAAGAAGAAGAUACUUAUAAUCUUGAAAUGAAUAUAGGUUUAAUGUUUAAGAAAUAUAUAAAUGUAAUUAUGAAUUUGUCUUAUAAUUAUUUAAUUAUAAAAAAAAAUGAAAAAAAUGUGUUAACAUGUAUAUCAUAUAAUAAUAUAAUUGAAAUUGAUAUUAUCAAGAGGAAUUUAAAAAAAGGGAAAAUUACAUUCAAAUUGAUAUACGUUUUUAAAAAAAAAGAAUUAAAAGCAGAAAAAAAUAUUACUCUCAUUUUUAAAACAAAUGAAAUGGGGGCUUACGAAAAGAUUAAAGAAAAAAUUGGACCAGUGUCUGGUACUGGCAAAACAAAAAGUUCUCAUAUUGCUAAUCAAAAAAGCAACAAUAUUAUUAAAGGAAAGAGUAGUGUUUCAAAGGUUGAUAAAAAAAAAAUAUAUAUAGAUGCCGAAACGGUGUAUAACUAUAUUAUAAACAAAUAUAAACAAGUGCAUCUACUAUAUUUAAGUCAUUUACUUCAAAUGACUGAGAAAAAAUUUAAAAGAAAAGCAAUAGAACAAGGGUUUAAAAUUUUAAGACUAAAUUGUGAAUAUGGAAAAGAGAUCGAAGAAAUGGGAAAGAAGAAAAUCAAAUUAAUAACCGAUUUUACAAAUAAACUUGAGUAUUAUACUAAAAGGUAUAUACAAAAAAACUACUUUAAUAUAUUAUUAAUAAAAAGUUAUGAAACUCAUUUUAUAAAUUAUCAGAAAAAAACAAAUGAUAUGUUAUUUAAUGUAAUAGUUAAAGAAAAAAGUGCAUAUGAAGAAAAUAUUGGUCGCCAAUCAAUUUUACUACUAUUUAGUGCAUUGGGAAAUUUGUAUAGGAGUAAAAUGUCUAAAUAUUUUCGCAGUUUUGUGAAUAAUAAUAGAAGUUUUAGUAAAGGGAAGAAUGCAUUUUCAUAUACACUAACACAUAUCAAUACAAUUUUAAUGAAAUAUGAAACGAGACAUAAAGCAUUUGUAUUAUCAAGAUUAAAAUUUAAUUAUAAUAAUGUUAGUUAUUUUUCAUUUGUUAUGUAUAAAACAUAUUUAAAAAAAUUAUUUUUAGGAUAUAUAUGUUUACGAGAUAAUCGAAUAUUUAUAAAGUUAGUGAUUGAAAAAAAUGUAAUUAAAUUAGUAAAUAGAAUUAGUCGGGUUGUUGAGAAUCAAAAAUAUUAUGCAUUUCUUAAGUUACAAAAAUAUAUAUAUGAAGAAAAAGAAAAAAUAAAUAAAAAGAUAUGUGAUAAUCUUAUGUAUACAAAUAAUGAAUUAUGUAAUAGUAUGGAUAAAGUUGGAAUGGAAAAAGGUAUUAAUAUAUUAGAAUAUUUUUACAAGUUUAAAAUUAAAGAAAAUUUGAUUAAAUAUUUUUAUAUUUUAAAAGGUUCUCAAGUAAGUGCCUCUAUAUCUCAAAAUAAAUAUUAUUUAAAAUAUUCUGCUAUUUUUGUAUUUGUUUUAAAUAAAAUAUUUCAAAGAAAAGUUCAAGAUAUUUUAUUCCAUUUUGUUCUUAAAUGUUUUCAAACAAAUAAUAGAAAUAAGUUAAUAUAUUCAACAAAAAACUUAGAAACCCUAUUUAUGCAAAAAGAAAAAAGAGAUGCCAUUGCAAUGCUUAAAUUUUAUGACAAAUUUCCUUACCUUUUUAAAUAUAGAAAUAUGAAUAAGGCAGAAAUAUUUACAGCUUGUAUUCAAAAUUUUAUUAACACAUAUAAUAGAAAACUUUUACUAAACUUUUUAUUAAAAUUACAUUUUGUACGACAUAAAGAAAAGUUUAUGAAGGCAUAUAAUUGUAUAGGACAUAUAUAUAAUUUUACAAAUAUAUUGAGUACAAAGUUUAAAAAAACAAUAAGAUUUCCAUUAAUGUUACUUUUACAAAAUGCCCGAAUUAUUAAUAAUCAAAUUUUAGUACAUAGACUUAAAAUUAAAAAAAAAACACAAUUAAAAAAUAGUAAUCAUACGAGAACAUUUUCCUCUGCCCCUGACCCAGUUUCUGUAAUGACAAAAUAUCCAUAUUUGCUUUACAACAUGGAAAUGUCUCCCGAACACACGUUUGUUCCUGAUGAUAGACAUUCUUUGCCGUCUAACAAUUCCAUUGCCGAUGCUUUCCCAUACGUCUAUGAAGACAUGGACAAGAUUAAGAGGAAAAUCUCCGAUUUUAAGAAUAGAGUUGGCAACAUGAAUUAA